UGAGCUAGUUGACGUCAUCGCGGUAUGGGGGAAGGGACUUGGAUUUCUAAAGAGCAAAGGUGUAUUUACACAGACUUUUACGUAUAGAUAAGUAAAAAAUUUCAUUGGACGGAUUCGAACCAGAUCGUUAACGAUGGCAUGACGGUGAUCUUACGGUGACUUUUUUUUUGAUGAACCGUUUGAAUCAGAUUUCGGAUUUUGUUGCGUUUUGGUGAGAAUUAGACGGGAAAAAAACUUCCGCGUAAACAAGUAAUAUGCCGAAGCUCGGUGUUAUAGUGAUCGUGCUCUUCGUAUUUCCUAUAGAGUUGUUGUCUAUCCAGGUCACAGUUACUGAAACAGAAAGACGCACAACUUUAUUUGCUUCAGUUAUUCUGCGCUGUGAUUACUCCACCUCUGCCAGUUCACAAGAUGUUCUGGUCACGUGGCGAUACAAGUCCUUCUGUUUGGAUCCAGUGCUGGAAUAUUACUCAACUGCGUAUCAAGCAGCUCUGGCAAUGAAGCAGGACCCAGCCAAUGACUGUCCAGACAGUAAGCGAACUGUUCGCAUAGUGAUUCAGAAGAGGGGAAUGAAUGAAGCGACACUCGGGCCUGAGUAUCGAAAUCGCAAGAUCACCAUACAAAACAAUGCAGACCUGGUUAUCAAUGAGGUCAUGUGGUGGGACAACGGCAUGUAUUUUUGCUCCGUCGACGCACCGGGUGAUGUUGUGGGGGACUCUGACAAGGAAAUCAGGCUCAUUGUGUAUCAUUGGCUGACAGUGCUGCUUAUGAUUCUUGGAGCUUUGCUUCUGAUCAUAUUAUUUGGCGUCUGCUGCUGCCAGUGUUGCCCUCAGAGCUGCUGCUGCUAUGUGCGCUGCCCCUGUUGUCCUCGAACCUGCUGCUGCCCAGAAGAUGCUGUGAUGCGCCACAGAAUGAUUCGUGAUGCUCAGAAGGGAAUGGUGCCAUGGUUUAAUGGCCAUCCCAUUUAUGCUCCUAUCGCCUCGAAUGCAUCUUCUCAAGGGAACCCGCUAUUGUAUUCAGGUUCUUUUUCUCAACCUCCAUCCAAAAACAACUAUCCCAUGGGCCCGAUGGUCAUUCCUUCCCCUCAGCCUGUCCCACCCUUCAUACCGCCCCAUGGAUACCAUCCCAAUGACAGCAUGAAAGGGAAUAUACCUGGAAAUAACCAGGUGUUAGAUUUUCUAGAGAACCAGGUAAGAGGAAUGGAGAUGGCACCCACGAUGUUCCAGCCUCAGCAACACUACGCAGCAGUCCCGCUUGAGCACCAUCAACCUCAAUAUAUGGCUCCACCUUCCCAGUCCAUACCCCAGGCAGUAUCCUAUCCAGCCAGGCCACCCAGCAUGCUGUCAGCCCUGGGUGACAUGGGUGUCCAAGGUGCGGAGCGCAGGGUCAUCCAGCUCCCUCCAAUCAUAGGCAGAGCAAAAUCGAGCUCUCGGCGGGCCAACGACGGUGCCCAUGGGAAAUCUAGGCAGUCUAGUCAGUCCAGUGGUAGUACUAACCCCAGUGGCCGUCAUCGGGAUGACUCCUGGAGGGAACCGGCAUCUUCACGCAGAGGGAUUCCACGCAGCUACAGUGAUCAGUCAGACUUAGAUGAAAGGCGUGGAGGUCGUGGUUCCUCGGGACGCAGGGGACGUUCGGGUUCAGAUGAGUCUCGGCCACGCGUUCGCAGUAAAGCGGAGCUGCUGGAGGAGUUGGAGCGUGCAAAUCUGAGGGACAGGAGCUAUUUGCCUCCACGCAGGAGCUCCUGGAGUUCAGUUGAGGAGGAGGAUUAUACAAAAGCAAAGCGAUCUCAAGGGAGAUUGGUUGAGAAGCCUCCUGAUUACUCUACCAUUGACAUUUUGUCUGGGGACCACAGGAGGAGCGACCACAUCUCAGAAAAGAGUUCACGCAGUGGUAGAAGCGUCGUGAUCUGAAUUCUCAUCCUUCUUUGUCCUUCAUUUCCAACCUGAUUUGUUACUACAUUUGAAUGUCUACUGGAACAGACUACUGUCAUUGGGAGUAAUGGUGCACUAUUGAGCAACAAAAAAAACAAUUGAGCACAGAUGGAUUCAAUUUGACCUCUGGAGGCUCUGCAGCUUUGUUUUUAUCUGAUGUAUUUAAGUAAGUUUGAAAUAUUAUGUGAUUACCUUUGAACAUUUCUUUGUUUUAUACUGAUAAUGGAACUGUUUUAUUAUACCUUGUUUAAUUAUUAGCUGCAAAAUAAGUUUUGUUGUAUAUUUAAUUUUUAGAUGACAGUCAGCAGGAAUUGAAUGUUGAAACUGGUUUCUGUUAUGCUACAUAUUUCAAAGUGAAAACAACAAGUGUAGGCCUGGACUCUUAUUUCCCCCUUUUUUGUUUUUUUGGUUUAAGAAAAGCUGGAGGGAGCUAAAUAAAGGUUUAAACAGGGUUCUUUUAGGAAAAAAGGUUCUUAAAAGAAAUCUCAAUUCUCCAUUUUUAUAACCCACAGAAUGCUUUUCCACUACAAACAAUUGGUUGUGUGGAUAUUGAACGUUAUUUCUUUAUGGAGCCAUACAGCCAGAUAAAGACCUUUAUAGGAACCUUUAUUUUUAAGAGUGCUGGUCUUAGAUAGAUCUGAAUGCAAAACUGUAGUGCAGAAAAAGUUAUUUUAUAGAGCCAUAUACUGUAUAUUUUUUGUUAGUUAGACCAGUACCAUGCUUUAAAGAAAACAAACGGGUUUUCAUGCUGACUUUAAAAGAGAUUGCAGUGAAGUGAAGGUUGUACAGUAGUUCAGUGAAGUUUACUUUUUACUUAUAUUUGGUGUUUGUCUGUAGUACUUGAUGUUGAUUUGUUUUGUCUUUUUGUUCUGAACUGUUAUUCAGAUAUCAUGUUUAUAUAGAGAAGGAAUUUGUUGUGUCCAUAUGAGUUUUAUUCUUUGCAUUUUCUUAAACAACAGACUUAUUUUAUUGUAUUGUUGUAGGCCAUGAACUGUACUGUAUCUGCAUCAAGGAGAAAUGCCUUUCUGGUCUUUGUAUGUCUCUUGCUGAAAUUGUUUUAGACACUGGAUGGAAAUAGGUGAAAAUUUUAUUUCAAAGCCUUUUAAAUUUUACCAUGCAUCAAUGUUACUAAAUCAGUUUUAUAAAAUACGUAUUUUAAGUAUAUUAAAGUACAAUAAUAAAAAUAAUGUAUAAAAAUAUAUAUUUUCCAAAGAAUCAUAAUAAAUCUCUU